ACUCGCGGCCAUAUGGUUUCCUCUUUUAGAAGGUGGAUGCGCUUAGGUAAACCUUCAGGGUCUUUGCAAGAAAGAGGACCGAAGGUGUUUUUCUUGCCCACAGAUAAGAAGCUGGCUGUGGCUAUCGAAGGAAACGUAGAAGAAGCCAAAGCUCUUUGCAAACCUCCGGAAGACUCCCAGGAUGAUGAGAGCGAUUCCGACGUGGAGGAGGAGCAGACUACGAAACGUCGGCGACCAACUUUGGGGGUGCAGCUGGAUGACAAACGGAAAGAGAUGUUGAAGAGGCACCCUCUGUCUGUUACCAUCAACCUGAAGUGUAAAGAUGGCAGUUUGCUGCUCUUGACCUUUUACUACUUGAUGAACCUCAACGUCUUAACCGUCAAGACCAAGAUGACAGCAGCUACGGAGAUGACCGUGCCCAUCAGCGCUGGGGAUCUGCUGUGCCCCGAUUCUCUUCUGAGCUGCCUUUAUCCUGGGGAUCACGGAAAGAGGACCCCAAACCCUGCCAACCAGUUCCAGUUUGACAAAGUGGGCAUCCUGACCCUGAACGACUACGUGCCCGAACUGGGCCACCCAUAUGUGUGGGUGCAAAAGUUGGGAGGCUUGCACUUCCCGAAGGACCAACCCCAGAAUCCUGUGGUUGCCGAUAACUCGCUGAGUGCUAGUCACAUGGAGAGGACCAUGAAACUGCUCAAAACCAGGUUGGAGUCGCGUCUGGCCCUUCACAAGCAAUACGCUUCUCUUGAGCACGGCAUUCUGCCCGUCUCCCCUGAAUCUCAGCACCUCUUCCCCGUCAAGAUCGUGUCCCACUUGGUGAAGUGGACGUCCAUCACGUACGAAGAUUACUUGGAGCUGCCUUACACCAAAGAUGUGGCGGAGUCCGGUUUGGCUGAAGAUACCCAUCUCUACUACUUGGCCCUGAUUGAAAGAGGCACCGCUAAACUCCAGGCCGCCGUGGUGUUGAACCCCGGAUAUUCCUCCAUCCCGCCCGUCUUCAGCCUGUGCUUGAACUGGAAAGGGGAGAAAACCAACAUGAACGAUGACAACAUUCGGGCCAUGGAGAGUGAGGUCAACGUCUGUUACAAGGAACUCAGCGGCCCCAAGCCAGGCUACCAACUCCUCACCAACCAGUUGCAACGCCUCUGCGUCGUCCUGGAUGUGUACCUGGAGACCGAGACGCACGACAACAGCGUGGAGGGGCCCAAGGAAUUCCCCCAGGAGAAGAUGUGCCUGCGCUUGGCCAGGGGACCCAGCCGGUUGAAACCCUUCAAAUACAACUACCCUCAAGGCUUCUUCAGCCAUCGCUGAGCCCAGCAGCAGCACCAGCAGCAAUGGUUGAGUUCCACUAGGCCACGCUUCCCAAGCGAAGGGGAUUUCUUUUGGAUGUGGAGCCGAUUGCGUCUCUGAUGGAUUUCAGCUUUUUGUCCCGCUUGAAGCCGCGCCGGAGAAGACAGCCGAGCAGCUGCCAUCCUUCCCCCCAUCUCUUGAAGGGAAUUAAAACGGAGCAAAGGGCUCGUUUUGAAGUCCUUGCCUAUUAAAUAUUUUGAACCA